AGUGAUGCCGGGCAUGGUACUGUUUCGGCGACGCUGGUCAGUCGGCAGUGAUGACCUGGUGUUACCAGCUUUCUUCCUGUUCAUACUACACUGCAUAUGGCUCGUGGUUCUGUCCAUGGUUCUCUUUGGGCUGCCAUACAGUUCAGAGCAAUCAUGCUCAGUCACGCUGGUGGAUCACGGUCGCGGUUACCUGGGCAUCCUGGUCAGCUGUCUGAUCUGCGAGAGUGCCAUCAUGUGGCUGAGCAUGAGAGGCAGCAUCCUGUAUACACAACCCAGAGAGGCUGUGCAGUACGUGCUCUAUAUACGGCUGGCCAUCCUGCUAGUGGAGCUGGUGUACGCGGUGGUGGGCAUCGCCUGGUUGGUGCAGUAUUACCAUCCCUGCUCCGACAUCACUGCCAAGAACCUCGCCCUGG